CUACUUCCAAAAUUCCAUGGCUCCUUCCGCUGGCUACUAUUAGUAGAGUAUGGCCUUACAAUGACAUACCUGUUUGGCAUACAAAGUAUCUUCGACGAUUAAUGAACACUUCUCAGUGCGUUCUUAUAGUCCAUGCCAGGACAAAUAGCUCAUUCCGUAUAGUAAUCUCUACAGCUUUGCAUCACACCGGAUAAUACAUGAUGCCGCUGAUCAGUCCUCUGUUUACGCCUCUGGCCGCCUCUGUUGGUGGCACAAUGAUCGGCAUGGCGUCGUCACUGCACCUGGCAAUGAAUGGUCGAGUGACCGGUAUAUCUGGGACAUACAACGGCAUUCUCAAGCGUCAAAAGGAUAUAGACUGGCGGAUGACAUUCCUAAGCGGUGUGGGUAGCGCUGGAUUAGCCUUACACCUGUACUCACCUGAGGUCUUUGGUAACGCGGUGCCGGUUAACGCUGCGAGUACCGUUGCUGCGGGUGCAUUGGUGGGCUUUGGUACAGUCAUGGGGAGUGGUUGUACGAGUGGACACGGCGUGUGUGGUCUGCCUCGGGCCUCGCCACGCUCAAUCGUGGCCGUCGCCACCUUCAUGUCGACAGCAAUCAUCACUCGGAGCUCGAUUGUCAGCAACGACGUUCUAUGUAAAGCAGUACAAACAGGCCCACAGAUGAGCGAGGUUAUGAGCAGCUUGGAGUUCCUUUCCGUAAGCCCUGGUAUGUUCUAUGGGUCCCUUCUGGCUUCCUCCUUGGCCUACUCAUUGAACAAUGUGCGGUUAGGGCGAUCGGUAGACACAUACAAAUCCCUUGCUGCCAGCUACGCCAGUGGAGGACUCUUUGGGCUGGGCCUGGGAGUCAGCGGUAUGUCAGAUCCUAGCAAGGUUCUGGGCUUUCUAGACUUGAUAAAUGUGUGGGAUCCAUCCCUAGCCUUUGUAAUGGGCGGCGCCGUGGCCUUCAAUGUACCGGUCUGGUACGCCUUACUCAAGAAAGAUAAGCCUUACUUGCUCGAUUCGUUCUCUGUUCCAACCCGAAGGGACAUAACCGGCCGACUUGUAAUGGGCUCCUCACUCUUCGGUGUGGGCUGGGGACUAGCUGGUCUUUGUCCGGGACCAGCCUUACUCGGCUUUGCGACUGGUGAUGUUGGAUUUACGGGGUACGUCUUAUCGAUGACAGUUGGAAUGGCACUCUUCAACGCUCUGAGUAAACGCGGAUGGAUGAUCAAAGACAAGCCGCUAUUCUGAGCAAUCAGUUGUAAAGCACCAGGUAUAAUACCUAGCAGCCAUAUUACGGCACACAGCGAUCACAUCUGGACCGAUACGGGUUCUAGAAUUCCACACGGGUUGCUAGUAGUGCCUCUCCGCGACAUCCUAUUCUGUCCGGACCUCAAUACAGUAUCUGCCGAUCCGGUACAGAAUGAACCACUUGCUAAGUUGGUGGCAUAUCUUAGCUGACAUUCACCCAAGGCCUGUGCCAUAGUGAUAGCACCACGUCGGAUUGUUGGACUAGUUGUAGCUUUAUCGCUGCGUAAAUAGGUUCCAAAUGAGUUGAAGCGUGUAGACUCUUCAACGGCAACCCCAAUAGACGGACUCGACCGGCAACGUGCAGGUAUAAAAUGGCACAUCGCGAUAUCACGCCGCUAUAUCGUGUAUCGCUGAUCAAAUUGGAUUUCAUCCUUUCAUUUGUCGACUGUUUGUUUGACCCUGUGGUACAUAUAUCGUGAUCUAACAGCAUAGAAGAUAUGAGACAGAUCAGGAUAGAUCUGAUAUGGGAGCGAGGCAUAAAUACCUACUCUUCGAAUAGGAUUCAGUCCACCAAAGCCUGUCCAAACCGAUUUUAGGAUAGGUCAUCUUGCCUGAUUUGUGAUGAGAGUGGCGGCAAAGCAUAUGGUUAUAAUCAAGAGAACUUGAAGAUGACCACUAGCUAAUGCCAGUAGUUUUUCCCAGUUGAGCACAGAAUGUGACUGUGCCAGACAAGAAUGCUUGCUUGAAGCUCAGUGGUCUACGUGUAAAUUGAAGAGUUUCGGUAAUCAGUCACACAAAUAUCACUCCUAUCUGAUUGUUAAACAAUCAAGGCAAACUCGCGCAUUUUAACACAUUUUUUUGUACCGUGGAUCUGAUCAUAGAUUCGUAUUGCACUUAUGUUGCGCAAUGACUCCUAUAAAUGGCCAGAGAGAACUGGAUAUGAGAUUUAACUUCGAAUGUUAUCAGGCGUUUACUGUGAAGGUCUGUACUGAGUAGCAUUCUGAGUCUGGUGAGAUCCCUGAGAGUGGAGAAACGCAUCAUGCAUUGCAGUAACUUAGGCAGAGCUGGCGCGUGUCACAGUCAAAUGAAAGUGAUUCAUUGAUGCAUUCGUGUAAUUCCAUCUCGCACUAAAUCAUUGUACGCGUCGUAACUAUAUCAACGCUUUCGAAUUAGCGAGAUGCAUGCCACAGAUGCAGUUGAAAAGAAGAUGGAAUUUAAUCUUAGAAGUCGAAGAGACUUACAAAAGCGUCUCUUGCGUGCCAACUUUCGUAUUUGAUUUUAACAUAACGCAAUCAAAACUAGAGGACAACAACCAGCGCAAAAGUGACGCUGCCACUUCACAUACAAGAUGGCAAGCUCUCGAUGACAGUGAGAAGCGAGUAUGCAAGGUUAGUAUGAAUCUUUUAGUUGCGACCGCCACGCGAACUUGGGAUCGUACUGCUCGCGUAUUUUAUGAAGAAGAAAUUUCAAUUAAAAAAGGCUUCGAUAGAGAGGCGACUGGCGUGGCUGGCGAGUACCCUUUACGGGCAGGGGUGUCAAUAAGUUCUUUACCUUCAGCUUUGAAUGGUGGAGACACGAUAUGUUUGACAGAGAGUUCCAAAGACAAUACUGUCGCUGGACCGCCCCAACGGACUGCAUCGGAGAAUGAUAUCGGAUUAUUUUGGUACAACACCCUGUGGCCGACUGCAAUAAUAGCAGCGCCAUACUGUUGGCUUUAGCCUGUGCAACCGGUGUGGCCUGUGCCACACGGUUACGCUCUAAAACCUUCCGAUCUCGAUCGUUUUGGGGGUAGAAAAGGAAAUGGGCUAUGUCAUGAUAGUAGCCGAAGGGAAUCUUUGGGGCCUAUUGUGCAGUCGUUUGCUCAAGCGCUGACAAUCACGCUAGACAGCGUUUUUGAGAGCUGGACCAUCUAAAAGACUGACUGACUUGGGAGGCCUUGCUUUACCAGCCGAAAGAAUAUAAAUGUUAGGGUCACUUUCUUGUGCGGACCCACGGUGCUGCUGAGCAGCUUCGUGGUGUUGGUCGCCUUCUAUCGUGGAAGCCAAUUGGGCUCUCUAUUGGACUCUCACGGGAGCCCGGGGCAAAGGUUACAGACCAUUAGCAGUGUGUCGCAGACAUAGAUGCAGGAGGAAGAUGUCGCGUGGCUGCAUCACGGGUAGAGCAGUGGGAUCCACCCGUGUAGGGUUAAGAGAAUAUAAAGAAGGACGCCUUGUAGUACAGUAGUUGCAGGGGGUAAGUAAUAACCAAGGGAAUCACCCUCGAUGUCACCAAGUUUGCGAUAAUUAAUGCCAAUGACUACCCUAAAACAGAUUACCCUUAACUCGUCAAGUUAGAAGAUACGAUAGUACGGUUUACUACCAACGCCACGGAUCUCUUGGCUGAACUUGAUUUCAAGCCCAGCUUAAAAAGUCUUAGGGUUUAGGGUUUCUUGGUCCGACAAGAGGUGGAGCACUACAUGGUAUAGGCGUCAAACUCCGUGUACAAAACAAGUGUAGGCAAGUUCUGCCCAAUGGGCGAUGGGGCAUUCCUCAUCAAAACGAAGGAGCUAUGGCUCAUCAAUAUUUUAAUCAGAAGAACCGUUCUUACUGUUUGUCAUCGACGAACAGAAAGAACAAUGGGAAGAAACUCCAACGGCAGUAAAAAAAAACAAAGCGGCCUUAAUAGUAAUUGUAAAAGCCCGCGAAUAUGGCUAUACGAGGGUCCGCAAGCUCACUUUAGUGAAGUGAAUGUCGUGACAGUUGCACCACGCCUUUUACAGGGCGUUGAUAGCACUCAGCGAACCGCCGUUGUUUUGGUUGGAAUGGCUGCGCGUCAUAUUGUCCAUUGGUGCACGUGACACAUAAAGUUGUCGGUCGAAUUGUCGUAGUGGCAUGUUAGUUGGUCGGAUUGUUGUAACUUUUUCCAGCCCCUCUAUUCAACCCUGCAACCAAUUAUGGGAUGUCGGUACCAAAAAGGUUCACACAGAUUAAAAACGAAUAAAAACAGAUGUGUAAUCUUGCUGUCAUCUUAUAUAAAUACAGUGCGCGGCAGCUGACAGACCACAGACCCUUGACUACAUAUCUCUCACUCUUGUGCCUGCUUGAUCUUUUGUCGUGUUGACGUUUUCGUUGCCCAAUGAAAUUUCAUUUACAUCGCUAAUCAUUGUUUGGAAAUAUUCAAAUGAAUGGAAUGCCAG